AUGGGUAAUAGGUCUUUGAAUAACAGUGGUGGUGGUGAUGAUUUGAAGAAAGAUCAACCUCCUCCCUUUAACAAUAUCAAGUGGGGUGAUUUGUUAUUGAACCCAGAUCCUGGAAACAUCUUGGCUGUUGGAUUAACUGGUUUGCUUGCUUGGGCUAGUGUUCAAGUUUUUUGGCAGCUUUCUUUAUCUCUUUUGCUAUUCUUGUUGCUGCUCUUAAGGGAAAUCCCUUUGCUUGUUCGAGUGUUGCUAACUGGAAAGCUCCAUGGUCCUGACAUGGGCUCUAGCAUAAUCCUUCUCCAUCAAGCUGGAACUCGAGACAUUGUUUCAUCUCAAGUUGCGUUUGUGAGAUUGAAUGAGAGGUUUGAAAUACUGAGGGAAAUAGACUGGGAAAAUGCUAUUUCAGCAAAUUGA